UUCAAAAGAUCUCGCCAGCUACUGUUGCACGAGAUUUCAUUUCGCGGAAAUCCAAGAUGGCGGCUAAUUUGACAAAACUGUGAAAUUGCCGUGCUUUUCGACGUGUCUUUAUCGAAUUUUCGCCGAUCCGAGCGACAAUCAUGACGGAAUCCCGACAGGAAGAGGUUGCCGUGCCUCUAGAGGAUCUCCUGACUCUAGUUUGGGGACGGAACAUCCGCCCGGACGUUUUUAAUCGAUGGUCACAAGGGUUUGAGUUCAGUGAGGAUGAACCCACAGCUCUGAUUCAGCAUGAAGGAGGACCCUGUGGAAUCAUUGUUCCCUUACAGGCCUCACUGUUGAAGAACUUGCUGUUCUCAGAAGGAGCCCCUGAGCAAUGGAACAACAUGUCAGCUGACCAGGCUAAACAGCUGCUGCUAAUGUCCCUAUGUGAAGUGUUUGAGCUGUGUGGAGUGGAGAAGGUGGUGUUGGUGCACCAGUGUACCAAGAAGGAGAAGUCUGGGGAGGAGCCCAUGGAGUCAGGAGAGGGCAGCGGAGAGAACAUGGCAGCGGAGGAACAGGAACCAACACAAGAUACGGGUUCAGCACAAGUAGAUGGACCAACAGCAGCAGUAGAUGAAUUUCAUCAGUCCUUGAGGAUGCGACAGUUUUCCUGUGCAGACAACUUAAAGACGAUGAUGGAGAGUAGCUACGAAAUAUUCCACGGCAGACAUGGAGUUCUGCUGUUCCUGUAUUCUGUCAUUCUCUCAAAGGGUAUAGAAAAUAUCAAGAACGAGGUCACCGACCCCACAGAACCAUUAAUAGAUAGUGUUCAUGGGCACGGGAGAACUUCGAGGCAUUCCUAGACAGGGAAAGGUUGGGUUCCUAACACUGUUGGAACACCUGCGGUAUUGUGAGGUUGGCAGCUACCUGAAGAACCCAGAGUUCCCCAUCUGGAUCCUGGGCAGUGAAACUCACCUUACUGUGCUCUUCUCAAAGGAGAUGACAUUGGUAGCUCCCGAAUCCAGAGAUGCAGAAGCCAGAAGGAUAUUCAAGAGUUUUGACCCAGAAGGAAAUGGUUUCAUCUCCACCAUCCUGCUGGGAGAUGUGCUGAGGCAGUUGGAUCUAUGUGCUGAGGAGGAGUAUGUGGAUAUCAUGCAGAAGAAACUGGACUCAGAACAGCUGGGGAUUAUUGUACUGGAGCAGUUCAUGCAGGAGUUCUUUGCUAAUGAGGAGAAGUCCCCCAUUCCAGAGUCUUUCACAGUUUACCAUUACAAUGGGCUGAAGAGAUCCUCUAACAAUGGAAAGGUACAAUACCAGGAGGGGAAAGCCAUGAUUCAGGAGCUGGGAGAAGUCAAGUGUGUCACAACGGACAACUCCGCCAUCAAAACCUGCCUAGCGACCAAGUGGCCGGGGGUGGAGGUGCUCUGGGACAACGACAUCAGCCCCUCGUUGAACUGAAGCACAUUCACACCAACAUGUAGCGUUUAAUACGGCACGGCAGAUUCAGUCAGACCCAGGGAAGCGUAUGCUAUGCUUGUCAUCAGAGUGGGGUGUGCCUGUAAGAUAGAAAGAAGCACUGCAUUUGUGCACAGAUUCGCAAUGCGAUGUGGUUCAGUGAAAAAUUCGAAUCCUGCAUGUCAAAUGCGCUAAACAACCAUUAAAAAGAAGUCUUUGGAAAACCGUUUUACCUGGAAGAGAGCCAUUCUUGAACCAUACUUUACCCCCUAUUUGACACUGAAUAGGGAUGCUUUUCUUCUCUUUAGUGCACUAGAAAUCAAAUGAGAAUUAAACACAGAAUCAUGGCCAUAUUUUGAAGGAAAAGCAAAAAAGAAACUGAGAAUAUGCUUUGGAGAAAAUUUACCCAUAAAAUAUAGAGAUCAGAAAAAAUGUCCCACAAAUUAUACUUGUCACAAUGGUGAAAUAUUGGUCUAUCCAAUUUUUGCAGGUUUUUGUUUGGAAUCACCAGUUUUAGAUAUUGUAAUGUACUCUUUUUACAUUUUUGUCUCCAAAACAAACAAAAAAAUUCCAAGAAAAAGUAAGCUAAGAUAAAAGCAUAGUUGAGCACUUUGUUUUGGUUGAGACCUGCAUUUCAGUAUUACAUUGUGUUGUUGAUGAUUCUGUUAUUGUUAUUGUUAACUGUUUUGUUAUGAGUUGUAAGUUGUAAUGUAAGGGAUCAACAUACUACUUUGAUGGUGCUAAAAACUGUAUGUCCAUAUAUUACUUGUAAACAGUAUGUAAUGUUUUUGUACACAAUCUUGUUUUGUGUUAUCUUUAAAGAAGGGAAAAAGUGGUUUUGAAUGUCCCAUGCACUCACUUUCCAGUUUCUGUACCUGCAGUUUACUUUACACUAAUUCACCUUUAUCCGCAGGGUAACCUAUAUCUGUUGUCUCUCAACUGAGGGCACUUACCUUUUGUAGGGACAUCAAGUUAAUACACGGCGGUUUCAAAUGGCAACAUUUUCAUAAUUGUCUAGUUUGAAACCAGUGCCCGUCAACAUGGUGUCCAUGAGUACCCUGCUUUAGAAACAACGGAUAUAGGUUUCCCGCGGAUAAAGGUGAACUAACGUUUCAUGCAGAAUGUGUAAUCCAAACAGUGAAUACAAUAAUGUUGUACACACACGCUCACUUGUCAUACCCAACUUGGCUGUGUAAAAAUGUAUGUACAUAUACUAAGUUGUACAGCAAUAUACAUGUAGACUGUUUCUUUUGAUACAGUCUAUGGUGGUAGCUAUCGGGCCGCUAGGCUGAUUUUAUGGAUGGGUUCUGCAUAGAUGCUUGUUAAGUUUGGCCGGUUCGUCAAAAGGAAACGAAAUGAGUAUCAUUUCCAGAAAUGGGCAAGAAAAGUCUAUCUCUGACUUCUUGUAUAGAUUGUACAAGAUGAUAGAAUGUCAUUAAGUUUGAAUCCAGCCGUCCAAGCAAAUCAGCAUGUUGUAAAUGUAAAAACAGAAAUCAGUUCGAGGGAAUUUUCUGCACUUGCAUGAAAUUUGAGCUCUCCGGAUGAUGUCGGAUACUCCCCUCUAUUUGAUUUCUGUUGGUUUUCACCACUGUUGUACCACAUCUACAUGAAGCUGGUUUGAAAUAUGUAGAUUACCUCCCUCUUUGAAAUGUCAUAAAUAGUCCAUUUUUGGAAGAGAGGAUUGUAGAACAGAUUUAAACUUAAAAGUUUAUUGGAACAAUCGUUAAAGAACGGAUAAGUCUAACUUGAACAUUUUCUACACCCCGAAAUUGCCACACUACCGGUACAUCUAUUAGGCAUAACGUUAGUUUUAUUUUUGUGUGUACAAGAUGCAUAUUACCAAGUUCAUAUCUAAACAAGGUCAGUUUUACUGAAGUCUAAAUGUAUAAUAGAAAAUGUACUAGCUGGAAAGCAAGAACAAUUUUGUUGGACUUAUUGAAUUUCAAUGUUAAUGUGUUAUUUUAUCAAGCUAUGCCCCUACUGUAUCCUAUAUCUUUGGACCAAUUGUCAUGUCCCAGAGCUUCUUUUCUUCCAUUGUUUCUGUUGAGUUUCAGUUGUCUGUAUUUGACUCAUUAAAACUCCAUACACACCUGUA